AUGAUGAUGAAACUCCAUGUAUUUAUUAUUUACUACUUAGAUUCAAAAGUUUUAGUAAAAGAACAUAUUAAUAAUGCAGGUGACCCUUUCUAAUUUGAAAAAUAUACAUUAAUUUCACAAAAUGGAGUCAAUUUCUUAAAAGGAUCAGAUAUAUUUUACUCCUAUUGGAAUUAAACUCGAGUUUUUGGAGGACCUCUUGUAUGGGCUUAAGCUAAAUUUUCAAGAUGUCAUAAUUCAAUUUAGCCACAUCAUAGCAUCACUAUUGAAUUUUAUAUUCUUUAUGGGCCAUCGUUUCCUUCAGAUGGAAAAUUUAUUUACUCAAUUGAUAAUAAUACACCUAUUGAGAAAUAAACAAACACUGCAACAACAAAUAAUGAUGGAACUUAUAGAGAUAUUGUAUAUGAAAAAAUUGAUCAUAAUUUAAAUACUUUAACAAUCACUUGGGAAUGCUUUGGAUCUAACAAUGAACCAAUUUCAGCUUAUUGUGGAUUCUAUAAUUAUUACAUUGCUGUUCAUUAUUGUUAACCUUAUUGCUUAUAAUGUACAAAUUAAAAUACAUGCACAUAAUGGAAUAGUACUUAUAGUCCAAGUAUUGUAAAAUUUUCUUAAGCAGAAUGUUCAAUCAAUUAAUACUAUGAUAAAGAAUCUUUAAAUUGUCUAAACUGCCCUUCAUCAUGUUAAACAUGCACAAGUAAAAUUAAUUGUUUAACUUGUUAACCUACCUAUACAAAAACUAAAUUAGGAUGUGUUUGUAAUAACAAUCAAUAUGAAGAAUCAAAUUAAUGUUUUAGUUGUCCUAUUGAAUGUUAUUAAUGUUUAAAUCCUAAUUAUUGUUUAACAUGUUUAGCAACAGAUAAUCGAUAAUUACAGAAUGGAUAAUGUAAUUGCUUUGAUGGAUAUUAUUCAAUUUAAUCAAUAGCUUAAUGUUAAUUAUGCCAUUUAUUUUGUAAGACUUGUACUGGACCUACUUCUAAUGACUGCUUAAUUUGUAAAACUAUUUCUAAUAUUGAAAACAUUGGUACAACAUGUUAAUGCCCAAUUGGUACUAGUUAUGAUAAUAUAACUAAUUCAUGUUCAACUUGUCAUUCAUCAUGUCAAACAUGUUUUAGAAUUACAAUUGAUGGUUGUUUAACUUGCAAUUCCUCCUUAAAAAGAAUAUUAAAAGGCUUAAGAUGUGAAUGUGAACCUGGUUAUUAUGAAUAGAAUGAUAUUUGUAUAAGUAUUUUAUAAUUUUUGAAAUUUUAGAUUGCCCAAGUGUUGAGGAUUAAUCCAUAAGUUAAUGUUUUAAAUUAUGUAAUAAUAAUUAAUUGAUAUGGCAUACAAAUACUUGUAAUUCAUGUGAUUCUGGAUUUCAAUUAGUAUCUGGAGAAUGUUAACCAAUAUGUGGAGAUUUGUUAAUAAAGGGAUAUGAAUAAUGUGAAGAUAAUAAUUCAAUUAUGGAUGAUUUAUGUUAUAAUUGUUAAUACUAAUGUCCAAUAAAUUGUUUAAUUUGUGAUUAAACUACAAUUUUACCUUGUCCUGAUGUAUGUGGAGAUGGAAUUAUUACUGGUAAUGAAGAAUGUGAAGACGGUAAUACUAUUCAAUAUGAUGGAUGUUUUAAUUGUUAAUACUAAUGUCAAUUAGGAUGUACAAAAUGUAUUGAAGGAGAGUGUUUUGAAUGUGCAACUGCUGGAUGGUAUCUUGAUCCAACAGUUAAUCCUUGGGUUUGUAAAGAAACAUGCGGAGAUUUACUUGUGGUAGGUAGUGAAUAAUGUGAUGAUGGUAAUACAAAUGAUAAUGAUGGUUGCAAAAAUUGCAGAUAUUUUUGUAGAGCUGGUUGUUCUGAAUGCAAUUAUGAUACCAAAACUUGUUUAAGUUGUGAAAUUCCUGGGUUUACUCCUUUUUCUUUUUAUUGCAGAAAUAUUUGUGGAGAUGGUUUAGUAGUUGUAGAUCCUUAUGGAUUUUAUUCCGAAUAAUGUGAUGAUGGUAAUACAAUUAAUAAUGAUGGUUGCAGUAGUACAUGCAAUUUUUAAUGCUAACCAAAUUCAAUUUGUCUUAAUUGUGUCAACAAUAGAUGUUCUACAUGCUCAUCAGGGUAUUUUCUUUCAGAUAAUUAAAUCUGUCUACCAAUAUGUGGAGAUUCUAUUUAAAAAACAGAGGAAAAAUGUGAAGACUCUUUUAUUUUACCUUACAAAGGUUGUUAAAAUUGUAAACCUAAAUGUCAGUAAUCUUGCCAAUCUUGUGAUACAACAGGAAAAGGCUGUUUGUCUUGUAAAACUGGUUACUAAAGAAUUAAUAAUUUAUGUUAUUCAAUUUGUGGGGAUUAAAUUAUAACAUCUGAUGAACAAUGUGAUGAUGGUAAUUUAAUAUUUGGAGAUGGAUGUCAUUUUUGUCAAUUCACUUGUUAACAUCAAUGUUUAUAUUGUAUUUAAGGAGUUUGCUAAUUAUUUAUAGAGGAAUUUGAAUUAAUAUAAUCUUAAUGUUAAUCAUAAUAGUAAUAUGAAAUUAUCAUUCAUGAUAAAAUAGAUUAAAUGUAUAAAAUCGAUAGAUAUAAUAAGUGUAAAUAUUCAUGUGACAUAAACUGUUAAUUAUGUGAGUUUGGAAUUNUUGAAAUUUUAGAUUGCCCAAGUGUUGAGGAUUAAUCCAUAAGUUAAUGUUUUAAAUUAUGUAAUAAUAAUUAAUUGAUAUGGCAUACAAAUACUUGUAAUUCAUGUGAUUCUGGAUUUCAAUUAGUAUCUGGAGAAUGUUAACCAAUAUGUGGAGAUUUGUUAAUAAAGGGAUAUGAAUAAUGUGAAGAUAAUAAUUCAAUUAUGGAUGAUUUAUGUUAUAAUUGUUAAUACUAAUGUCCAAUAAAUUGUUUAAUUUGUGAUUAAACUACAAUUUUACCUUGUCCUGAUGUAUGUGGAGAUGGAAUUAUUACUGGUAAUGAAGAAUGUGAAGACGGUAAUACUAUUCAAUAUGAUGGAUGUUUUAAUUGUUAAUACUAAUGUCAAUUAGGAUGUACAAAAUGUAUUGAAGGAGAGUGUUUUGAAUGUGCAACUGCUGGAUGGUAUCUUGAUCCAACAGUUAAUCCUUGGGUUUGUAAAGAAACAUGCGGAGAUUUACUUGUGGUAGGUAGUGAAUAAUGUGAUGAUGGUAAUACAAAUGAUAAUGAUGGUUGCAAAAAUUGCAGAUAUUUUUGUAGAGCUGGUUGUUCUGAAUGCAAUUAUGAUACCAAAACUUGUUUAAGUUGUGAAAUUCCUGGGUUUACUCCUUUUUCUUUUUAUUGCAGAAAUAUUUGUGGAGAUGGUUUAGUAGUUGUAGAUCCUUAUGGAUUUUAUUCCGAAUAAUGUGAUGAUGGUAAUACAAUUAAUAAUGAUGGUUGCAGUAGUACAUGCAAUUUUUAAUGCUAACCAAAUUCAAUUUGUCUUAAUUGUGUCAACAAUAGAUGUUCUACAUGCUCAUCAGGGUAUUUUCUUUCAGAUAAUUAAAUCUGUCUACCAAUAUGUGGAGAUUCUAUUUAAAAAACAGAGGAAAAAUGUGAAGACUCUUUUAUUUUACCUUACAAAGGUUGUUAAAAUUGUAAACCUAAAUGUCAGUAAUCUUGCCAAUCUUGUGAUACAACAGGAAAAGGCUGUUUGUCUUGUAAAACUGGUUACUAAAGAAUUAAUAAUUUAUGUUAUUCAAUUUGUGGGGAUUAAAUUAUAACAUCUGAUGAACAAUGUGAUGAUGGUAAUUUAAUAUUUGGAGAUGGAUGUCAUUUUUGUCAAUUCACUUGUUAACAUCAAUGUUUAUAUUGUAUUUAAGGAGUUUGCUAAUUAUUUAUAGAGGAAUUUGAAUUAAUAUAAUCUUAAUGUUAAUCAUAAUAGUAAUAUGAAAUUAUCAUUCAUGAUAAAAUAGAUUAAAUGUAUAAAAUCGAUAGAUAUAAUAAGUGUAAAUAUUCAUGUGACAUAAACUGUUAAUUAUGUGAGUUUGGAAUUUGUUAACUUUGUAAAUUUGGUUUUAAUUUCUCAAAUGGUUUUAAAUGUGUUUAAGAUUAAUCACCCCCUAAUGAAUUUUUUUAGUAUUGCUCAAUUUAGAUUGGAAAUGAAAGUAAAGCUUGUGAAAAUCUUGUAAAGUUGGAAAAAAUACAGGAGACUUGUUUACAUGAUAAAUAUUAAAAUUGCCCAAAAAAUUGUAAAUCUUGCCAAGAAUUUAUCUGUGUCGAAUGUGUAUAGGGAUAUUUUGGAUCAUUAUGUUUAUUUGAAAUAGGAGAUAUUAGAGAAGAAGUUUAUCAAGAUGAUCAUAGUAAUUCUAAUUGUGAUAAUAAUUGUAUUUCUUGUUUAUAAGGAACUUGUAGUCUAUGUUAAAACGGUAGUUAUUUAUUUAAUAAUAAAUGUAUCGAAACUAUUUUCCAUCAUAUGAUUUAUAAUAAUGUUGAAAUAGAGAGAUGUGGAGACUAAAAAUUAGGUAUGUAAGAAGAAUGUGAGGAUGAAAAUAUUAAACCUUAUGAUGGUUGCUUUAAUUGUAAAUUUUAAUGUGAUUUGAAUUGUUUAGAUUGCUUAUUUGGAAUUUGUUAAACUUGUAUUUAAGGUUAUAUUAUGGAUGAUAAUUCUUCUUGUGAGCCUGAAUGUGGAGAUGGUAUUUUGAUACCAUUUUCAAAUGAAUAAUGUGAUGACGCUAAUCAAAUUGAAGAUGAUGAAUGUAAUAAUUGUAAAUUUAAUUGUUAAUCUUAUUGCCUUAAUUGUAAUUUACAAUAAUGUUUUAAUUGUGAAAAAGGCUUUUACUCUUACUAAAAGGAAUGCUUACCAUAAUGUGGUGAUGGAAUCAUUAUCCAAGAAUUUGAAGAUUGUGAUGAUGAAAAUGAUGAAUAAUUUGAUGGAUGUUAUUUAUGUAAAUUUUAAUGUUAAUCUAAUUGUGAAGAAUGUAGACAAGGUAUUUGUAUUAAAGAAUAUUGUCCAUAAGGAACUAUUAGAACAGGUGAUUCUUGUUAAUCAUUUUGUGGAGAUCUUAUAAUUGUUGAAAAUGAAUAAUGCGACGAUGGAAAUACCAUUAUGUACGAUGGAUGCUUUAACUGUGAAUAUUAAUGCAUUUAAAAUUGUAAGAUUUGCGAUAAUGGAACAUGUAUUUCAUGUAUUGAAAAUUAUGAAUUUAAAGAUAAUCAAUGUGUUAAAAUAGAUAGUUUUAACAGCAUCACGACUAACUCUGGAUUAAGUUUAAGUUUAAAUUAUUCUAUAAAUCCAGAAACUAUAAGUAAUUCUGUUUGUAGAAAUAAUGAAUGUUCAUAUUCACAAAGAGCAGAUAUGAAAGUAAUCUUUGUAAAUUAAAAGUUUAAUUAGUAAUUUGUUCAAAUAUAUUUUAAUCAAGAGGUAAGAUUAAAUGAAAAAUAAGCAUUAGAACAGAAGUUAUUUAACAUAAGCAUAUAAGAUUUAGAUACUAAGAGUUUCAAUAUUUAGGUGUAAUCAAUUUAAGAUCUUUCAUUUGAUUUACUAUUUGCUUAAUAUGAAGUUAUCAUUGAAAUUUUAUAGCCACUUUAAAUAAGACCAAUUCUAUUAAUUUAAUUGAUUCCAGAAGUCAUUAAUUCAAAUAAUUAAACAAUUCUUAAUAACAAUCAAUCCUUAUUUCUUGAAAUACCUAAAAUUCUUUCUGAAGAAACAAAGUAAACUUCAAUCUCAGCAUAAAAAUCAAGUACAAUGUUUAUGAUUGGAGCCGUUUCGUUAAGUUUUUUCUCUUUAUUAUCAGGUGAUAGUUCUAUAUUCGUGGAAACACUUAAUAUUCUUUAAUAUUAAUCCUUUUUAAGAUUUAUAAACAUCAACUAUCCAGAAAAUCUUUACAUCUACUUUUAAUCUUAGGAUUUAUUAUCAAUAAAUUAAUAUUUCAAACUUAUUGAAUUGGAUGAUUAUAUGGAUUAGAUAACAAGAAAAGAAGAUUAAUAAAUAUAACUUAAUGGAAAAUUUUAAGAAUACAAUAUAGAUGCUGAUCUUUUCACAAAUAUUUUACCCUAAAUAAUUUAAGUUUUAGGAUUCUUAAUUUUAAUUUCUAUUUCUAAAUAUAUGUAUAAUAUACAUUUUAAGCUUUUUCAAUAUCAGCGAUUCAAUUUAUUUAUCAUUUCUUAAAAAUCUAAAAUUAUGAAAUUUUUCAUCACUUUAAUGUUUAAAUUUAUUAUUCGUCUUAAGAAAAUUUUAAGAUUAAGAUAUCACUGUAAUUAUGAUUCAUUAAGAAUGAUCAUUCACUUAAAUCAUUGGGAUUUAUUAUUUACAUCCUUUCUAUAACUUAAUUAUAAUCGAAUGGAUAAUAUUAGAAAUAUUUUAUCUGCAAUUUUAGCGUUUUUUAUCAUCAUUUUACAUCUAGGGUUCAUCUUAAAACAGUUUAGAUAAUGUAUUUAAAAAAAAAAUAAAAAAAAUCUCUCAAAAAUGUUAGAACGGAAAUUUAUGACUUUGGAUAUUUGCAGAACAAUAUUUUUCCAUUCUGUUUUAAUAACCUUUUAGAAAUAGCCAAUUUUAUAGUGUUUAUUAAUAUUUGUAAGUAGCCUAAGUUAAUGUUUCUUUAUAUUUAAAUAUAAAUAAUGCUCAAAAAUAGAAAAAUUAGUGUCAUUAUUGAUUGAAGGAAAGAUAACAAUUUUUACUUUAUCAUUAUUUUUUUACAUUGACAUCAAACAGUCUUACUUAUCAUAUGAAAAUUAAGUGAUCCUAGGAUUUAUCCAUAUGGGAUUACUAAUUUUAAGCCUCGUUAUUGUAUUUGCUUAAUAAUUGAUUCCUAAACUGGCUAAAGUUUGUGGGAUAUUGAGUAGAAGAGAAAAAAUUAAAGUGGCCAGUCACUUAUUAUUCAUUUGA